GCCCAUUUUGUAAUUCCCCCGAAAUAGAUCUCUGCGUAUAAAAGUGAAGGUGCCGAAGCCCAAAAACAACUUGACAAAGAGAAAGAGCAAAGGGAGUCUUGAACCCCAAAAUAAGCAAAGGACACAAACAAUGGGUCUGAGAUGUAAUCCCAUGACUUGUCUGUAUAAGAACCUCCCUUGUUUUGGUCUUCCAGCAAUGGCCACCUUCACAACUCCCAAGUUUUUCAUGGCCUCUGCUCUUCCUUCCACCUCCAAAGAGGAUGAGACUCUCAAAACGCAUUUCGUGCCUCCUCGGGAGGUGCACGUUCAAGUCACCCACUCCAUGCCACAGCAAAAGAUUGAGAUCUUUAAAUCUUUGGAGGACUGGGCUGAGAAGAACUUUCUAAUUUACCUCAAACCAGUUGAGAAAUGUUGGCAACCGCAGGAUUUUCUUCCAGAUCCUACCUCUGAUGGAUUUGGUGAGCAAGUCAAAGAACUAAGGGAAAGGGCAAAGGAGAUUCCAGACGAUUACUUCGUUGUUUUGAUUGGUGAUAUGAUCACAGAGGAAGCCCUUCCAACUUACCAACAAAUGCUUAAUAGCGCUGAGGAAACUCGUGAUGAAACAGGUGGUAGCCUUACCCCUUGGGCAAUUUGGACGAGGGCAUGGACAGCUGAAGAAAACAGGCAUGGUGAUCUACUUAAUAAGUAUCUCUACUUGUCUGGAAGAGUAGACAUGAGGCAAAUUGAGAAGACAAUCCAGUAUUUGAUUGGAUCAGGAAUGGAUCCCGGCACAGAGAAAAACCCAUAUCUGGGACUCAUCUACAUAUCAUUCCAAGAAAGGGCAACUUUUAUUUCCCAUGGGAAUUCAGCCAGGCUUGCUAAGAAACACGGGGACAUUAACUUGGCUCAAAUAUGUGGUAGCAUUGCCUCAGAUGAAAAGCGCCACGGGACAGCCUAUACUAAAGUUGUCGAAAAGCUCUUUGAGAUUGAUCCUGACGGUACUUUGCUGGCCUUCGCUGACAUGAUGAGGAAGAAAAUCUCCAUGCCAGGCCACUUGAUGUAUGAUGGCCGAGAUGACAACCUUUUCGACCACUUCUCUGCUGUUGCGCAAAGAAUUGGGGUUUACACUGCCAAGGACUAUGCUGAUAUUCUGGAGUUCCUGGUGGAGAGUUGGAAGGUGAAGGAACUAACUGGACUUUCAGCGGAUGGGCGUCAAGCUCAAGACUAUGUGUGUGGACUUCCUCCAGGAAUUAGAAGGCUGGAGGAGAGAGCUCAAGGAAGGGCCAAGCACGCACCAAGGAUUCCAUUCAGUUGGAUUUUUGACAGAGAAGUUUAAGAUGUUAUAAAGGAACUACUAUGAAUUUUCCUCUCCCUGCAAGUGUCUUCUCAUUCAAUGAAAAACAGAGCAAUAGAAUGAACUGGUCAACCCACAAAGAAUAGAUCCAUUUGUAUGUCUUAACAUUACUCGAAUGGGAUUUAUAAUAAAUACAAUACAAUAAAUUAUAUAUGCGUACUAUUUCUAGCUCA